AUGAAGAUUUAUCUUUUUUUCUUUAUUCUACUCUUAUCACUCACAAUUUUGCCAGCAGGAAGUAAUUUGUCACCAAAGUACAGAUUUGAAAGAUGUCAAAAAGUGAAAGGAAUAUGCAAACCAUUUUGUGACGAUGUUGAGUAUGAUUAUGGAUACUGCAUUAAAUGGAGAAACCAGUGCUGCAUAUAA